AUGUCCGAUGACUGUUGCCAGAUCGCAGUGGGCAGUUUGUAUUUUGUGAUUGGUAUAUUCCUCGUUCCGCAGUUCUGUGGGAGGCAGGUAGGAGCUGAACUGGAGCCUGUCCACAUUAAAGAAGAAUCUAUUGACUUGUUUAAGGAUUCAGAAAACAUAUCCCAGCCAGAGAUAUCAUAUCAAUGUACUGAAUGUGAGAAGAGGUUCAGUUGGUUAGGAAACCUCAAAAGACACCAGCGAAUUCACACUGGACAGAAGCCAUAUCCCUGUUCUGAAUGUGGGAAGAGCUUCCGUCAGUUAGGAGACCUAAAUAAACACAAGCGAAUUCACACUGGAGAGAAGCCGUAUCAUUGUUCUGACUGUGGGAAGAGCUUCCGUCAGUCAGGAUACCUAAAAAAACACCAGCGAAUUCACACUGGAGAGAAGCCAUAUCACUGUUCUGACUGUGGGAAGAGCUUCAGUCAGUUAGGAAACCUAAAAACACACCAGCGAAUUCACACUGGAGAGAAGCCAUAUCACUGUUCUGACUGUGGGAAGAGCUUCCGUCAGUUAGGAGACCUAAAAAAACACCAGCAAAUUCACACUGGAGAGAAGCCGUAUCACUGUUCUGACUGUGGGAAGAGCUUCAGUCAGUUAGGAGACCUAAAAAAACACCAGCGAAUUCACACUGGAGAGAAGCCGUAUCACUGUUCUGACUGUGGGAAGAGCUUCCGUCAGUCAGAAUACCUAAAAAAACACCAGCGAAUUCACACUGGAGAGAAGCCAUAUCACUGUUCUGACUGCGGGAAGAGCUUCCGUCAGUUAGGAGACCUGAACAAACACCAGCAAAUUCACACUGGAGAGAAGCCGUAUCACUGUUCUGACUGUGGGAAGAGCUUCCGUCGGUUAGGAGACCUAAAAAAACACCAGCAAAUUCACACUGGAGAGAAGCAGUAUCACUGUAAUGACUGUGGGAAGAGCUUCUGUCGGUCAGAAUACCUAAAAAAACACCAGCGAAUUCACACUGGAGAGAAGCCGUAUCACUGUUCUGACUGUGGGAAGAGCUUCCGUCAGUUAGGAGACCUAAAUAAACACCAGCAAAUUCACACUGGAGAGAAGCCAUAUCACUGUUCUGACUGUGGGAAGAGCUUCUGUCGGUUAGGAGACCUAAAUAAACACCAGCAAAUUCACACUGUAGGGAAGCCGUAUCACUGUUCUGACUGUGGUAAGAGCUUCCGUCGGUCAGAAUACCUAAAAAAUCACCAGCGAAUUCACACUAGAGAGAAGCCUUAUCACCUAAGUAAAAACCAGUGAAUUCACACUGGAGAGAAGCUGUAUCACUGUUAUGAAUGUGGGAAGCUUGAGCAAUUUUGCAAAGAAGAAUGGGUAAAAAUUGCAGUGUCCAAAUGUGCAAAUCUGCUAGAAACUUAUCCAAACGGCUGGAA